GAGUAGUAAACAAUGAGAGAAAUGCUGCAGGCAGGCAUAGUAAUAGGAGUGAGGAUCGAGAUACUGGCAGAAGAAGCCAGGAGAAAGAAGACACGAAGAAAGUCAGCUAGCCUCAGAGAAGGACCUGCCAAUAGGGAGGUGAAGUCUGAUUUCUAGGAUAUCAUGUUUAUAAAUGGUCCAUAGCGGAGGCUCACAAAAGAACUGUUCCUAGUUGUGACUUCAGGAGUGGAGCGUGAAUAGGCCACCUGCUUUGCACUCCAUUGAAACAACAGAGAAACCUGGUACUAUGGAGGCUGGAGAUACCAAGGAACAAGAGAAGAACCAGCAGAUCAACCGGCUGCAGCAGAAGUCAGAAAUGACUGAAACUGCAUUUGAAGGGGGAAAUGAGGCAGCAAAAGCAGAGACUGCUGAGAAAAGGGACAGGAAGUUUGCAGAAGAAACUGGGAAAGAGGUGGAUGAAGCAAAUGAAGCAGAGAAAGCAAAAGGGGAUGCUGGGAAUGAGGUGCAUGGAGAGAAGGAGGCUGGGAAAACUGAGGCUGCUGGAAUUGAGGCAAAGCAGAAGGAAGAAUCCGCAGAAGGGGCUUCUGAAUCUGAAAAGGGAACGGCAUCCAAGGCAAGCCAGAAGGAGCAGAUAGUCAAAGAGAACAGCCAACCAGAAUCUGAGGGUGUAUCGGAGACCAAAACUGAUGUUUCUGGGAAACCAGAAGACCUACAGGAAGAAGAAGGGGGGAAAGCUGAUGUUUUGAAGAAAAAUGCCAAGGAAGAGGGUAGAACUGGCAGCACUUCGGAUGAGCCUCUUUCACCAGAAGCCCAGGAGGAAGAGGAGGAGUUCUGGCCAGAAUUCCCUCCCCGUUCUCCUGAAGCAAGUCCACAAAGCCCAACAGAGCUCAAAGGUUUGGAGACAGGUGGCAUUACUCCACCAACUACCACUUCAGAAGCUGCUCCAGCGGAUAUCGCCAGCCCUGAAGCCGCCCUGAAGGGAGAGAAAGAGCCCCCUUCUGCUGCACCAGAGGAAGCAGCUGCUGCCAAAGAGAAAAAGAAGAGGCCUGCUUUUGACCGGAGAGAGAUUAGCAGGCCAAGGAUGCCACCCAGGGGACAGUCUCGCAAAGCCAUUGUGGAGAAGUUUGGAGGGGCUGCAACUGGUCCUGCCCCCAAUAUCAAGAGGAGUGGAGCUACAAAUACUGUGAAGACCAUGUUGCUGGAAUGGUGUCGGGCCAUGACUCGUGGCUAUGAACAUGUGGACAUCCAGAACUUUUCCACCAGUUGGAAAAGUGGCAUGGCUUUUUGUGCCCUCAUCCACAAGUUCUUUCCUGACGCCUUUGACUACGCAAACCUUGAUCCAGGAAAUCGGAAAGAGAAUUUCACCCUGGCCUUCUCUACUGCUGAGAAAUAUGCAGACUGUGCUCAACUUCUGGAGGUGGAUGACAUGGUGCACAUGAGUGUUCCUGAUAAUAAGUGUAUCUACACCUAUAUCCAGGAACUUUAUCGCAGCUUGGUGGAGAAAGGGCUAGUAAAGACCAAGAAGAAAUAGAAAUGCAAAGCAGGCUUUGGCUUGAGGCUCAUUGGAAGCCAAAAAAAAAUUUGGUGGGACAGAGGGAAUGCAACAUGGGAUGUAAAUAUUCUGCAAUUUUCCGAGCAUGGCACUGGAACCAACUACUACUACUUAACCCUCACUAGCACUAAAAUCUGCUAUGCACCACCCUUCUGCCACCUGAAAAGAGCAGGAAAGGAACGCUUACUGAUGCAUGUCAGCAUUUCAAGCAGAGCAGAACUGAGUCUGCCUCAUAUGCACGAGACUCAGAAGAAGUGUGUCCGUCAAGAUGUUAACAUCAGCAACUCUGCAUCCUCUUUUUGGGUUGCAAAAGUAUUCCUGCAACCCAUGCUGCAAUCACCCUUUCCCUGACCAGGCACCGGUAUCAUUAAAGCACAACGGUACCAAGUCAAGGUUGUCACACAGUAUUUUUAUGCUGCGUUCUGUUUUCCACGGCGUGGUUUCCAAGGGAGAAUGCAAACAUGUUCUCUGUUUAAAGUAGCUGCCCAGGCAUAUUAGAAUGGUUUGAGUAGCGCAGCAUAUGUGAUCCAAUCUUAUUUUUUGUUUACUAAGAAAUAAGCUCCUCUGCAUUCAGCUAUUCACCAAACCAUUGAACUUUGAGCAAAGAAAUCAUACUGUGCAGAUAAGAGGCUAAGAAUAAACAAGCUGACUGGAGGGAACGGGGGAUUCCCUCCUUUGUGGUUUACAGGAAAAGUGCUGGGCAAACAUCAAAUGACAAAGCUUUCAAUGUGUGGCAAUGAAAAACCUCUCUGGAGGCAGAGAUUUACAUGUGGUGAUUUUGCUCUGUUCUCAGCAGCUUGGAAGGGCUUGGGGGAAGAACAAGUUGAAAUUGUUCAGAAGACAGCUCAUUUUACAAGAUGGCAAACAGGAUCUAAUUUGGAGUAAAAAAACCUACCCACUUUGCCUCUUCUUCCCACUUUUAAAUAUAAACACACCACAUUUAGAAAGGGGAAAGGAGAAGGAGGAGGGCUUUAAGGCUGAACUAAAGAGGAAGGAGGGCUGCAAACUGUUUCUUAUUUAUUGAAAUCAAAAGACAAGUGUACACGCUGGCAUUUUAGUUUGCAGAAAUACAUACUCCUUUUUUAGGCCUAUUUCCUGGUGGCCAAUGCAAGUACAUUCAGAAGAGGAACUUACUUUAAAAAGAAGGGAGCUUGAAAAGAAAGCAAGUGUAGGAAAGUCCUAGGAAAGCAAGAUCAAGUGCAGGGGUCCUCAUGGCUGGCUGGGGAAUUCUGGGAGUUGAAGUCCACAAAUCUUAAAGUGGCCAAGUUUGAGGACCCCUGAUCUAGUGGUUUACUCUGCUCUGUUGCUAAAGUCCUACUCUAAGAAGGUUCAACAGCCACGUGCCUCAGUGAGACUCGUGCUACCUGAAGCCAUUCAGCUCAAGCCCAAAGGAGCUGUGCUUGCUGAGUAAUGAGAGGUAAUUCACUGCUUUUUCUCUCCUAGGUCAGAUAUGCUGAAUAUACUAAAAAUAAAAACAGUAUAAUCUUUGGA